CAAGUGAAUCCUUUAGGAGGAUAUUUGAAUCAUCUACUGGUUUGUUAAGUAUGGAGCUACCAAGGCGUAACAACGGCUUCCGCAAGGUUGCCAAGUGGAUUGUUGGUGCCGCUGUUGUGGCAGGUGCUGCCAGCGGCAAUGUCCUAUGCGAUGAGGUUUCGGGACCACAGGAGGCUGAAGUUAAUCAGGUUAAUUUGCAGAUUAAUGAGUCAAAGAGGGCUGAUGGAAACGUUGCGCAAGCCGAUAUCACAUUCGAUGACCCUAAAGAAGCAUACCGUAAAAAAGUAGCUGCUGUUGCUGAGGAGGAGAAACUAUUACAAGCACCAGAUGCUGUAAUUUUUAAAAAUGUAAUUGGUAAAACUUACACUAACAAAGAAAUCGACGAUCUUGUAGAUCGAACUGGUUUGAAAGGUACCAAAGGCGUUAUCCAGCAUGAGUUAGGAGUAAGGAGAGCUCAAUUACUGCGUGAAAUGGAAAAGUUCAACUCAGUUUUGGAAGUCCUUCCUAAAGAAAUUGCUGUAGAGGCUGGAAAAUACCCAACCUAUGAUAAAUUACCAGCUGCUUUAGCUAAAGAAGUGAAAUGGAAUUAUUUUAAUAAAAGGCAUUUUGGACUUAUGGAACAAGUUCCUCAAGACCUAGCAGAUGAAAUGAUGAAAUGUGAUAUUUACGAAGGAUUUUCAGGCAAGUUGAUUGAUAAAAUAACAGACUUUUUACAUCCAUUCGAUCCUUCUACUGUGAUUAUUGAUGAAGCACACCGUGGAAAGAGUGCUGGUAGUGCACCGGCCGCACCUCCCACACCGGGAGGUACUAAAGUUACAAAAGAAAACGAAGAGAGAGAGGAUAAUAGUGUAAAUGAAGGUAAGGGAGAAUCCCCAAAAGGAAAGAGCUGGUGGGCAAAACUAUGGAGUUAAUAACUAAUACCUGAAAACACGGGAGAUAUU